UGAUUUUUAAUAUAAUAAAACAAAAGAACACUGACACAAAAAGGGAAAAAUAAAGCGCGUGCCUACGCACGGGAAGCUAAAGCUAAACUUAGCAGGAUACAGAAAGUCCAAAAGGUGACGUGCCGAACGCACGCGAAGCUAAGACGGAGCUUAGCACAACAAAAGCAGGGAUAAGCAGAGAAUACAUACGUGUCGUGUUGCAUAAAGCAAACAAUGAGCCGAGGCCGAACUAAGGAAUAACGCAGGCUUAUAUACUCAAAUAAUAAUUGCCAUCAGGUGUGCGACAAAGGAAUAGCAGCAGGGACAAAAUAAGAAACCAUGGCAACGAGCUACAUCAGGAAGUGCACAAACACAGGAAUCGGCCAGGAAUAAAACUAAACAUGAUCAAAACAUAUAAACGGCAAAACAAUAAACGAUCCGCUGUGCGGAUCGUGACAUCCCCAUUCCAAAUGAUAACCUGUGUGUGUGUGUGUGUGUGUGUGUGUGUGUGUGUGUGUGUUCUGGCAAUGGUGACUUAAUGGGGACAUCCCUCUGUUUACACAGUCACCUUUAGGGGACCUCUGACGAUAUGGGGACAAAAAAACAGGUCCCCUAAAGGGAAACCUUUUUAUAUGACAGUCAGAUCCAUUUUGAAACAUGUUUAACAUCUAAUUUGAACGUUUUUUUUUUUUUUUUAAAUUGUCCUCAGUAGUCACGUACAAAUUGUGUGAAUUAUGCUAAAUUAUUUCAAUUUGGUCCCCAUGAACCAUAUUAACUCUUUUUCCCCAGGGUCCCCAGUAAGUAUGAUCAGCACAUUACUUCAUCAAUCCAGAGAUUUAAAGACGUGUAUGAGCUAACUGGGCAGUGGCCCUUUUACACCAUUUUUUAUGCUUCAAAACCUGUAGAAAGGAUGGUCCCCACAAGUCAUGAUCAAAAACUUGGUCCCCAUUCCAAAUGAUAACCAGUGUGUGUGUGUGUGUGUGUGAAGAGCUGAGGCAGGCAGUCCUGUCCAAGGCUGCAUUUAGAGAUGCAGCGCCCUCAAAUAUAGCUGACCUACUUUUUGUUGAGGUUUUCCACGCAAGCUGGCCACAACAAUUCUGCUAUUAACCACCUUUGUCCGCUUUCAAAAUGCUAUCACAUCAAAUUAGUCCCACUUCUCAAAAGAAAAAGAAAAAAAACAUCCAGACCGUUGGGCGCACCGGAUUAUAAGGCGCACUGCCUAUGAGCGGGUCUAUUCAGGUCUAUUUUCAUACACAAGGCGUGCCAGAGUAUGAGGCGUAUUAAAGGACUCAUCCAUCUUCUUAUGCUUAUCCGAAGUCGGUUCGCGGGGGCAGCAACCUAAGCAGGAAGCCCAGACUUUCCUCUCCCCAGCCACUUCGUCCAGCUCUUCCCAUGGGAUCCCGAGGCGUUCCCAGGCCAGCCUGGAGACAUAGUCUUCCCAACGUGUCCUAGGUCUUCCCCGUGGCCUCCUACCGGUCGGAUGCGCCCUAAACACCUCCCUAGGGAUCCUGACCAGAUGCCCGAACCACCUCAUCUGGCUCCUCUACAUGUGGAGGAGCAGCGGCUUUACUUUGAGCUCCUCCCGGAUGGCAGAGCCUCUCACCCUAUCUCUAAGGGAGAGCCCCUCCACCCGGCGGGGGAAACUCAUUUGGGCCGUUGUACCCGUGAUCUUAUCCUUUCGGUCAUAACCCAAAGCUCAUGACCAUAGGUGAGGGUGGGAACGUAUAUCGACCGGUAAAUUGAGAGCUUUGCCUCCCGGCUGAGCUCCUUCUUCACCACGACGGAUUGAUACAGCGUCCGCAUUACUGAAGAUGCCGCACCGAUCCGCCUCUCGAUCUCACGAUCCACUCUUCCCUCACUCGUGAACAAGACUCCGAGCUACUUGAACUCCUCUACUUGGGGAAGGGUCGCCACCCCAAGUCGGAGAUGGCACUCCACCCUUUUCCGGGCAAGAACCAUGGAUUCGGACAUGGAGGUGUUGAUUCUCAUCCCAGUCGCUUCACACUCGGCUAAGAACCGAUCCAGUGAGAGCUGAAGAUCCUGGCCGGAUGAAGCCAUCAGGACAACAUCAUUUGCAAAAAAAAGAGACCUAAUCUUGCAGCCACCAAACCGGAUCCCCUCAACGCCUACAAAUUCUGUCCAUAAAAGUUAUGAACAAAAUGGGUGACUGUGGAGAGGGGCGUGUCCUACGCGUCCCCUGCGGGCGGGGCUUGUGCAGGAGCCGGUCACGAAGUAGCAAUCAAGUGAGCAGAUACCUCAGCUGGGACGAGUUAUCUAAUCACCUGUUCCCUUUAUCGGGAGCGUUAGAGACCAUGACAGGGGCUGGCAAACAAGAGUGGAACUGCCAGACGGGAGAGGAGGCCAGAAAGACGAUAUAUGCACAUGAACUGAAAAGUUUAAGAGACUUUGGAACAUUUGAAUGCUGUGAGCAACAUUAAAACAAUUGUAACUACUGCGACCAGGUGUGGUGUUUCCGUGAUGCAAGAGGGGACUUGUUACAGUGGCACCCAACGCGGAAGAACCCGCGAGAACAUGUCGGCACCAACUCCCCUGGAGGCACUUGGACAAGUGCUGGCCCAGGUGUCAACGGCAAGCCAGCAACAGACUCAAGUUCUGAAGACCCUGAUGGACAGAGCACAGACAACAGUGGGUCGACCAUAAAGGGCAUGGUGGAAGGAAAAGAUCCCCAGACAUUCCUGGAUGUCUUCGAGGUGACAGCGGCAGCAAAUGGAUGGCCGGAGGAAGAAUGGUGCGCGAAGCUGCUGCCGCUCCUGGUGGGGGAGGUACAGCAGGCGGGGUUGAGUCUCCCGGUAGCCACCCGCCCACAGUAUGCCAACCUCCGGUACGCCAUCCUGGACCGAGUCGGCAGCAACCCCGAAGACCACCGCGGAAGAUUUAGGGCGAUGAAGCUGGAGCCAAACGGCCGGCCUUUCGUGUUUGCGUACCAGCUGAGGGACGCAGCGACCCGGUGGCUCCAGCCCAACGGGCAGGACCAAAAAAUGCUGGAGGCCAUCAUACUGGAGCAGUUCCUGGACGCCAUCCCGACUAGGACGUCAGCGUGGGUGAGGUACCACAGCCCUCCGGACGUCAAGGCCGCAGAGAGGAUAGCGGAGGAACACCUGGCGGUUCACCGGGAGGCAACACCAAGGAUGGCCGCGGGACUUACCUCAGUGCCCCGCCGUCGACUCGCCCCGCGAUGGGGGGGUGGAAAGGACCAAGUCCCCCGGGCAUGAUGAACAGGUUUCCCCUACGGGCACACAGAGAAAUACACAUACACACAAUCACCCACACACACCACAAAGGGGGGGACACAGGGGUAUAACCACAAUGUUGCUUACAUGUUCCAGGGUACCAGCGCUGCAGAGAGGGGGCUUCCCUCGCAGAGAGCACUUCAACUGCCAGGGCCGGUGUGUUGGAGGUGCGGACAGCCCGGUCACGUGCGCCGGGAGUGCUCCAUGAUGGAGGUGGGGCAGGUGUUGCGGGUUGUCGGACCUCCAGCACCCGCCCCCGAUCUGGGAGAGACGUACUAUGUCCCGGAGCGUUGGAGACCAUGACAGGGGCUGGCAAACAAGAGUGGAACUGCCAGACUGGAGAGGAGGCCAGAAAGACGAUAUAUACACAUGAGCUGAAAAGUUAAAGAGACUUUGGAACAUUUGAAUGCUGUGAGCAACAUUAAAACAAUUGUAACCAUUGCGACCAGGUGUGGUGUUUCCGUGACGCAAGAGAUGAUCCGGGUCGGAGACUUGUUACAGUGACAAAGGGCAGCCGUGUCCGACUUACUGCCGGCAAUGCGGACCAAGCUCUGAUGCUGAUCAUACAGGGAGCGGACCGGAGGAGAAGUCAUAUUAUUAUUUUUGUUUUCUAAAUUUAAAAUACUUCCUUGUGGUAUACAUAACAUGUAAUGGUGGUUCUUUGCUAAAAAUUUUGCAUAGAUGAUGUUUCACACAUCAUCUUCAAGCC